AUGUCGGACUUUUCAUCAGACGACGACGCGAGCUCAGUCGGCAGCAUUGUCGAAGACGCAAGCGAGCCGGAUACGACUAGCUUCAAAGAUCUAUUCUCGGAUCGACAAUGGACUCGUGUGUCGGACAUGGUAGAGCACAACAAGGCUGAGAAAGGGUUCGAUCUCAUUGCCACGAUCAAAGGGCUUGGACCAGACGCUGACGAACUCACCGUCAUCAAGUUGAUCAACUACCUCCGAGCAGAAGCUCAAAAAGGCACGGAGCCCAAAGCUAUCAGAGUAACCGUACAGGAGCUUGCGAGCGACAAAUACCUGCAGCCAGUAUUAGAGGAUGAUGCCUUACUAUUUGAACUUGGGGAUCUCAUGCCAGAUGAUGACAGCAAGGCCAUCGACUACGAUGAAUAUGAGGCGAAGAUGCACAAAGAUAUGCAAGAAGACUUCUCCAGGAUCAAGUUGACCAACGACCGGGAUCAAGACUACUUCGAAUCGUACAAAGGCAAUAGCAUCCACCGUGAGAUGAUCGAGGACCGGGUACGAACGGAGGGGUAUCGUGACUUUAUCGAAAAGAACACAGAGGUGUUCGCUGGAAAGACUGUACUAGAUGUGGGAUGUGGUACUGGCAUCCUCUCCCUCUUCUGCGCACGAGCAGGUGCCAAGAAAGUCUUUGCAGUCGACAACUCCGGCAUCGCAGUCCGUGCCAAAGAAAUCAUCGCAAAGAACGGAUACCAAGACCGUAUCGAACUCAUUCAGGGUCGUGCGGAAGACUUUAACACGCAGCGCCUGAUCGGCAAGGAGAAAGUCGACAUCAUCAUCUCGGAAUGGAUGGGCUACGGUCUCCUUUUCGAAGGCAUGCUGGACUCUGUUCUGCGCGCACGAGACAUGUACCUCAAGCCAGAUGGCAUCAUGGUACCUUCGCAUUGCAACAUCCGCCUUGCUCCAAUUUCAGACGCCGAUUGGAUAGCCGACAGCACGAGCGAAAAGUUCUGGAAAGACAUCUACGGCUUCGACUUCUCGCCUAUGGUCCCAGGCGGCCUACUCAACACACACGAGAUCGGUGUCUUUGACGUGCCCGAAAAAGCCCUCUGCGGCAGCGCGACAAGCCAUCUACUCGAGAUGAAGACCGUGUCCGUGCAAGAUCUUAGCUUCAAGGUACCGCUUCGCAUGACGCUCGACCGCGACGUUGCGUCUCUCGAAGCCAUAGCGAUAUGGUUCGACACCGUCUUCAUCCACCCUGGCAGCUCCCAGGAUGUCAAGACGCUGGAUAAUGUCGACUGGGGCAAGAACGGUAUUCCCGGUCUGGGCUUUUCGACGGGACCGAACAAUACACCAACACAUUGGCAUCAGGCGGUCCUGCUGCUGGAUAAAGAGAUUGCGGAGAAGCAGGGCUCGAUAACUUCUAUGCGCGGUAUUCUCCCUGGGCGACCCCAGGCUAAGCUCCAGGCUGUCGCUCACGGCCUGUGGGACGGCCUCCAGAUAAUCGUCUACAUUUCCGGCAACGCGCUCAUCGUCCUCGACCGACCGAACCACGUCCUGCAAACCAUCUAUAUCGACGAGGAAUUCGAGCUCGAAGCAGUCGCCAUCGACCAAGGCACCGGCAAACUCGCGGCAUGUUCGACGCGACGCAUCUACAUAUACCGGCCAUACGGGCAAGAUGAGGGGGCCGUCAAGUGGUCGCAACAGGGCAGCAUGUCCCUUUCCGAUGUCGACGACCCAAUCACGACCCUCUCAUGGGGUAUGCCCGACGAAUUGCUCGUUGGCAGCGCCUCCCUCACCCUCUUCAACACGCACAGCGACAACGUAGAACGCAUAUGGACCAAGCAGCUUGCAAACCCCGUCAAGUUUGCCCAUUUCUCGCCCGAUGCCGAGUUGAUAGCUUCAACAGGCAGGUACGACCGGCUGCUGAAGAUAUGGCGGCGCACAUCGUUUGGCUCCGCGGACCAGAGUUUCGACUACUUUUACCUCGCACACCCCAAAGCCAUCACCGGCUUGCACUGGCGACACCCGCAUCACAAGGACCAGUCUACAGACAAUGUACUAUAUACAAUAUGCGCAGACCAAAGAGUGCGAGUCUGGGUUCCGGGUGAACACCACGGGGUGGAUGGCAUGCACAUGUGGGCAGACGUGGACCUUGUCGAGUCGAUAAUGACACGACAUGUGCCGCUGGAGCAGCAGUCCACCAAGAGAUAUGCCUUCUUCAUCGACGGAAAACACUUCACUCACGCAACGGAAAGAGCUAUGCAGCAGGCGUCAGCAGAAGAAAAGGACCACGGCAUCGCCCUGCAUCACCUAAUCGAAGUCGCAAACCGCAACCCUGAGAUAUGCGUCGUGCUGGAUGAUAGAGGCAACAUGUCCGCGUGGGGGUUCGAGAACGUGGGGGCUAAGCAGAAGAAGGUCACCGACGUUUUCAACAUUGCCCAUGUAGAUGGACUGCAUCUGCACUUUGCCAAGGAACCUAAGACCAUCGAGGAUAAUGUACAGUUCUACGCUUUCAUCGGCGAUAAGCCAGACUCCGAGCUGACACUGCUGUCGCAUCACUUUGACGGGCGGAUCGAAUGGCUAGAGUCGCGCAUCGACUAUCUGUUCGACCCCUCAUCGCAACCUCAACGCAUCCAGCGGAAAGCCAUGUGGACAGGGCAUUCACAUGCCAUCAAGAAGGUCAAUCGUACGGCUAGUGGAAGGGCUUUGGUAUCACGCACCACCACUGAUGAAAUCAUCGUGUGGUUACAGCGACAGAGCGAUCAGGGCAUGACACUGCAUCGACAUAGCAGUGUCAAAGUGACGGAGCAUAUCCAUCGCACCGCUCUCUUACAAGAGGGCAAUUAUGUCGUUUUCUUACACCAUGACGCAAUUUCGCUUUGGGAUACCCGCGGUCAUGAAGCUGUCGAGGUGACACGUUCUGCGUACAGUUUACAGGGCAAGCCUUUGUGCUUAUUAGUCAUACCUGAGGUCGAAGCUGGCGGAAACCGCGUGCACAUCGCCACCAUUAGUGCCGAAAUGAAGGGCAUAUGCUGGGAGGUUACACUGCCAACACCAGAGCGCGAUCCAAUCACAGGUCGCAAGCUCUCUGCUAUCGCGCAUACCAAUGGCUAUACGAACGGUCAUUCGGACAUCGCACUGAAGCAUUUCUCUACCUUCGACCUAGGAUCAGGUGACGAUCUUGCCUUUGUACUACCUGUAGAUCCUGCGGGUACGGCCCCUGUCAUUUCAGGGUUCCUCGACACAUUUGCGCGAGAUGUAGCCAUAUCAUACACAACGUCCGGAAUCAUCAAGUCGUGGACUGCGCGCGUCAACGUCGAUGAACAAAAGUUGGACUGGCUGAUGACCUCCGAGGUCGAGACUGGUGUGAAGAGCCCGUCACUUGCUAGUGGCACGUCCAUACGUAAAGCUGCACUGGUCGAUGCUGACCGAACGACGCUUACCAUAUGGAACACGCGAAGUGCCCAGUUGGAGCACGAAGAGAGAUUCGAAGGCAACGGCGUCAUUCAGGAUCUUGACUGGUCUUCCACCCCGGACAAUCAGUCCAUCCUUGCUGUUGGUUUCCCUCACCGAGUCGUCAUCUACGCUCAGCUUCGAUACGACUACCUCAACGCCGGCCCAUCUUGGGUGCAGAUCCGCGAUGUGCGCAUCCGCGAUAUCACGCCUCAUCCGAUUGGCGAUUCAGUAUGGCUAAGCAGUGGUAAUCUCGUUAUUGGUGCAGGCAACCAGCUCUUCAUCCAGGACGAGCAUGUCCAGGUGUCGGAAGGGCUGUUCCCAAGCUUGCGUACCAUCUCUCGCAAGACUGCAUCUAUUGACAUUUUCGAUGCCGUUAGUCGACUCAACGGUCCCCUUCCCGCGUACCAUCCCCAGUUACUCUCACAAUGCGUAUUGGCUGGCAAGCUGCUAUUAGUGCAACGCAUCCUGAUUCGCCUCUAUGCUACACUUAAGUUCUGGAUCGAAGGUGAGGAGCUGGAUAGCUCGUUGGGAUUCUCACCUGAAGACUUCUCAGAAGCUGAGACUCAAAUGACUGCAUCGCGGAAAGAGAUACACACGUCGUACGCCGACUUCUCGGAUGAUAGCGAACCCGAAGCUGUCACCGAAGAAGUCGCGUCCAAUCUCAAAGAACUCUUGACUACCAAGCGGAUACCGCUCUUGUCCAGUCGCGAACAGUUUCGACUAGCCGAUGUUAUCGAGUGUAUUGGUAUGGUUGAGAAGCAUCGCCGAUCGAUCGACGAUAAUGCUGGGCGCUUCUUGUUGUUCUUUCGUCAACAUGUGCUGAGCGAAACGCACAAAGGCCCUAUAUCGUGGCGCGAGAUCAUCUGGGCGUUCCACUCAGGAAGCCAGGAUAUCCUCGUUGACCUUGUCAGUAGACAUUUCAGCGGCAAGAUGAUGUGGCAGCACGCAAAGGAAUGCGGAGUGUUUAUGUGGAUGUCCGACACCAACGCAUUGCGCGCUCAAUUCGAAGUCAUCGCUCGAAACGAAUACACCAAAACCGAAGAGAAGAACCCUGUCGACUGCGCCCUUUACUAUAUGGCUCUCCGGAAAAAGACAGUCCUCGUCGGUCUUUGGCGCAUGGCUACUUGGUCGCGUGAACAAGGCGCAACCCACCGCCUCCUUUCCAAUAACUUCUCUGAAGAGAGGUGGAAGACUGCUGCGCUGAAGAACGCGUACGCACUUAUGGGUAGAAGAAGAUUCGAAUAUGCAGCGUCCUUCUUCCUUCUCGCUGACCAUCUCCAAGAUGCCGUCAGUGUCUUGCAUAAUCAGCUUGGUGACACACAACUCGCCAUAGCCGUUGCCCGCGUCUACGGCGGUGACGACUCACCCGUCCUGCUAACAUUUCUGAAAGACAAGAUUCUACCACAAGCUGCUAGGCAAGGAAACAGAUGGCUAGCAACGUGGGCAUAUUGGCUGUUGAACAAGAAAGACAUGGCAGUUCGUUCCCUCGUCACACCCUUGUCUACUCUCCUCGAAACCUCGGAGCCACCUAGUUCGGCAGCGAAGUCUUAUCUUACUGACGACCCGGCGUUGGUGGUCUUGUACAAGCAGUUGCGCGAAAAGUCGCUGCAGACACUUCGCGGCGCCACCAUGAUCGGUAUGCGCGAGGAAUGGGAUUUCGUGCUGCAUACGGCCGGACUGUACGAUCGUAUGGGUUGCGACGUCCUGGCGCUCGAUCUAGUCAGAGGAUGGGAGUUCUUGUUGCCGCCGCCACCGACAAAUGUAGGACCUGGACGUCCGCCGCUUAGUCCCGAGAUGCCAAGACAGAGUUUCUUAUCAGCGCAAGGGGGAGGAACGGGAGGAAGGGAUGCGACGACCGACUUUGACUUUGAUCCUAGGAAGUUGUUGCGCAGGAGGAGCUCGCUUGUCGUUGCUGACCUUCCCGUGCGCGAGCAUGUGCAUAAUGAGCUUGCGGAGAGUAAGGGGACGUUGGAAGAGGGUAGGGAAAGUGGGGAUGACGAUGAAGACAACGGAGAGGGAAAUCAGGAUGAUGAGACGGACGAGGGUGAGAAGAGAAAAGACAAGGACAAGGAGAAGAAGAAACCGCCACCGACGCAGUUCCACGAGCCUGAUGCGAACAGUUUGUUGGAUGCCUUUGGCUUCUAG